UCAUUGGACGAAAUCUGUUAAAAGCACAUCCAAGUUCCAGAUAGAGUCAAGUGUGACAUCAACCUCAUGGAACACAGUUCUCAGUUUCAAAGUGACUUCGCCUCCGAACGUGAUUCGAGCUCAAACCAUUAGACAAUAUAAAGUAGGCCUUUAUGAGAAUUUGCUCGUAGUACAAUAGUUUUUGUGAAACAGAAUUUAUACUGUCUUGGAUUUGUCAAUGAGAAAUACUUGGAUCUGAUGAUAUCAACGGAGCGGUUUAUUAUCCUUUGCUUUCUAACACAGGCAGCAAUAGGAUUGAGUAAUGCUCAAAGCACAGACCAAGAUGACACAACCACAAAAUCACCAGUCAUUGAAAUAGAUUCAGAGGAAAACAAGAUCGAGGAUGGACCAUUUUUCUUCAAAAUCAAUGCUAAACGGAACAAACCCUUCACAUUGCCCAUCAUAGAGGUGCCAAAUGUUGAUGGCUUCGACCAAAAAACUGCAUGGGAGGUAUAUAAUAAUGAGAAAACUUCCAAGGUUGAAGAAAAUGAUGUUAAAAAUGAGAAAGGAGAGGAGUCUUUGGAAUCUCCUGACAGCACUUCGAAUGAGAAUUCAUCAAAAGUAUUGCCAGAUGACGAAUUCACAGCACCAGAGAGUACAAUAAUUAACAAACCAGAGGAAAUAUUUGUGAAACCUCUUCAUCAAAGCACAUACGUGUACUUUUACAAGCCUUUAGAUUCUACAAGAACAUCUGAAACUUCUUCAACUACUGAAAAAUACCCCACACACGAUGACAUUGGUUUGGAUCACAGUGCAUUUUCAAGUCUAGGAUUUGGAUAUCCAUUUUUGGAUAAUAUUCUAUCUGUUCCCAGCACUAAUAUUCGGAUACAAGCCACACCAAAAGUAUAUCAUUCGACCCAACAAGUGAAGGAGGAGGAUCAGAUUCAUGAUCAGGGAUUCUCAAGCUUCAGUUUUGGAUAUCCUUUUUUCAAUGAUUUCUAUUCUUUACCUCAGCUUGAGAAACCCAUAAAGAGGGCUGUAACUAAAGUGAAGAUAUUCACCAACGGUUUUGAAGAUGAUCAACCAGCAGAGCAACAGGAAAUGUUGUACCCAAGCAGAAGCUCUGAGGAAGAGAAGGUAGACGACAGUACAAUAGUAGAUAGGGUUGUGAAUGAAAAUUUGAAGGAGAGGAAAGAUGAAGAACAUGGCAAAACUGAAGAUGAGAUCAAGUUGAAUAAUGAUUAUAAAAGCAAGGAAACGUCAACCAACGUUGAAGAAAUCCUGAGAUCAAUCUUACCAAUCUAUGACUGGGCAUCAAGCAGCUUCUUGAAUAUGAAUAUGAACCAAGAUAUCCUCAAUAUUGGGAGUAUGCUUAGAAAUAACUAUUAUAGUGCAUUAGAAAAACAUACAGACAAAAGAGAAAACAAACAUUCUACAUUUCAACAUCCUCCACCAGAGAUCUUACCAGAAGUUGAAAAAGAUAUUGAAAAUGAUACACCUGAGCCCCGAUCAUUCAUUGAAGAAGUUAUGGAUGAGAUUAAUGGCGUCUCCCAAGAAAAUAGAGAACUUAACAUUGAAAGACCACCGACUGAUAAGGAUUUGCCAGACCUUGAAAGUGAAGGAAACGAGCCAAAAAGUCCAAAACCAAGAUCUCCAGCUAAGUGCAUUUGUGGUUUCAGUCAAGGAAGUACGAAUUCCUGUUCUUGUUUCCCAGAAACAUUUGUCUAUUACCAAUAUUGCAGUGUACCUCUCCCUCCCACAGACUGAACUUCAUUAGAAAACCCCUAUUAUUAGAAAAUUUGUGAAUUGUAGAAUAAAACAUUUUUUAUUGACAUGAAAAUGACUCUAUUCAAUCAUUAACAUGUGUUAUUUAUAUUUAAUUUGUAUAUUGUCAAAUAAAAUAUUUUUUAUUUUAAAA